AAAUACCAGACAAUCAGGUUAAACUUAGUAAAAAGACUUUGGCUUUGUUAAAUGCAGAUCAAAAUCCUUCCGAGAAUGACGAUAUUCCAGUUUGGCAAAAGACUACAAUGAACCUUUUUUAUUCGAUGCUCGGCGAAGAGCCUCCAAAUUAUGUUAAUCGCUCUAUUCCGCGUCAAAUUAAAGAACCUGGGCGCCCUUCGGAAGCUCAGUUAUCUGCUCCUUACAUUGAAGAACAGCGUCCUGAAAAUCCCGACUUUAUUAGGCGUAUUCCCACUCAAAUAUUUGAAGCAAAUGAGGCAAAUGAGGAAAAUGAGAUCGAAGAACCUUCUACAUCUACACGGAGAAAGAAUUUGAGAGCACAGUUAGUUAAUGCUGUUAAACUGACAACCGCAAACAUAAGAUUUGCAAAGGGUGAUGGUAGACAAUUGCAAGACGUUGGUGAUGGUGAUAAUUUUACAUGGUUAACUUCUGUACCGUUUUUAUGGUUCAAAAGAGAUCCUAAAGGGCAACGUCAAGACAUUUCAGGAAUCGUCAUUUUCGUUCUAUCAACUUUCAACUUAUAUUAUCAUCUGAAUAUCGGAAUCCAGCCUCCCGUCAUAAUCGAUAUGCUGAGACUUGCAAUCACUGACUCUGAAAGUGAUCCGAUACACAAUUGGCAAAGCAUUUUUAGAAUCGAAUUAGCUUACGGUGAUGUUAAAUGGGUAGUAAAGCGAACUAGUUUUGAUUUUAUAACUCUUCAUGUUAAUCUGACACGAAGACCUGAGCUUUCAAGUUUGGUACCAAAAUUUCCUUCCGGAAUUUCCAAUUGGUUCAAAACUAAGAUCUUUCACUCGCGUAAAGAUCGUCAAGAUAUAAAUCACUCUGCUGCUCUUGAAAGGCGAAAGGAAUUAGAAAAAUAUCUCAUUAAUGUGAUAAAAAGAUUGUGGUUGCACCUUCAUGUUUCUUAUGAACUUUACGCAUUUCUGGAACUUAGUGCGAUUUCCAUUACUAGAGAUAUGGGAUGGAAGGGUAAAGAAGGUUAUAUGGAACACAAAGUUGAACGAUUUAAACAUCCUGUUUGUUCAUUUAGAUUGGCAAACGAAAAAUGGGAACAAAGAUGGAUUUUAGUUCGCGAUUCGUAUAUUGCCUUUUGUUCACACAUUAGUUCAACGACUCCUGCGGAUGUUUUUCUUAUAGAUAAACAUUUUAAAUGUGAUAAAUUGGAACCAAAAGGACUUUCUCAGAUGUUACAAAUUCAUGAACAUAUUGAACUUAGAAAUAGUUCACGUCGAAUUGAAAUUAAAACUGAUUCACAUAGUUCAAAGGAUUUCAUGGAAAGCAUUAAUAUUAUUAAAAAGGCUUCUCCAUGG